CAAAAAUAACCAAAAGUCUUUUCCAUUUAAAGAUUUUACAUUGUGAGAUGAGUUCACACAAUCAGCUCCACAGACACUCACUGUGUUCCUCACACAUCGCGACUUGUGACAGUCCCGUGCUGAAAAGACAGAAGACAUACGGAGGCAACGCAGCAACAUUGUGCUCGUGACGCGAGAUGGCUGCAAACGAAGGCCCGUGAAAAUUUUCAAAAGUGGAUGCUGUUGUUCCUACACACAAGCGCUCCCUCAAUCAGUGAUAUUUUUGCUUGACGGAGCCUGUUUUCACAUCAAUAAUAAUAAAGAAUCAUCAUCAAAAGUUAAGCACCUGCAGCUUUAAGACCAGAGAUUACCUGGCAACACAACAUGUAAAACUUGUUCUCUAAACUUUGAUUGGCUGGUAAAAAUCCCACCUCCCGUUGUGCUCUUGCCGUUUAGGAUGAUAAAAAACAGAGAUCAACAAAGGUGAAAGACACAAUUGCUAACAGUGAUGGAUAAUGUCUCUGUAAUAACAAUAUUUUAUCUCUCAGGUUUAAAUGAGACAAUUAAUCACAGAUUUCUUCUCUUCUUUCUCACUUUAUUGUGUUAUUGUGCAAUUCUGCUGGUAAAUAUUGCUCUUAUUGUGACUGUCGUCUUGGACAAAAGCCUCCACGAACCAAUGUAUAUUCUGCUCUGCACUUUUUGCAUCAACGGACUUUACGGGACAGCAGGUUUCUAUCCCAAAUUUCUGUGGGAUCUGCUCUCUCCUGUUCAUGUCAUCUCUUACUCUGGAUGCCUCGUUCAAGCUCAAGUGAUGUACUCUUUUGCCUGUGGUGAUCUCUCUAUUCUUGCCGUCAUGGCAUAUGACAGAUAUGUGGCCAUAUGUCGACCUCUAGAGUACCACUGUGUCAUGUCCAGGCAAAGGGUUUUAAAGUUAGCGUGUUUCUCUUGGUUAACACCGUUCUGUAUUAUGGGCACAAACGUUUCUCUGACAGCACGGCUGAAGUUGUGCAGCACUUUUAUUCCCAGACUCUUUUGUGUGAACUGGAUUAUUGUCACCCUCGCUUGUUUCCCAGCUGAAGUUGUUGUUAACAACAUAGUUGCAUACAUCACAAUACUCAUUUAUGUAUUUCAUGGUGUUUUCAUUGUUUGGUCCUACAUGUACCUCAUCAAAACCUGUGUGCAUUCUGCAGAAAACAGGGCAAAGUUCAUGCAGACGUGUGUGCCACAUUUGGUCUCCUUAACAACUUUUCUUUUGACAAUUCUCUUUGAUGUUAUGAAUAUGCGAAUUGCCUCAACAAAAUUACCUCAAACCCUCCAAAAUCUUCUCGCAAUAGAGUUUCUUGUCAUUCCUCCGCUCAUGAAUCCUCUCAUCUAUGGUUUCAAAUUGACCAAAAUUCGAAACAUAAUUCUGGGACAUGUUACUUGUAGAGAAAGAGUAAACUUUUAG